GCAGCAGCCCUGGCAGGAGCCAGAGCCCGGCAGCCGAGGCUGCAGCCAGCUGCUGCCAACCCCUACCCGCACCGGCAGCCGGUCACAGCCCCGGCCCCACUGCUCCCGGGGGGAAUAGGGCAGAGGGAGCUGAGACGGCUGCACUGCAGAGGGAUCCCAGACAAGCCAGGUGAUGACCUGAAAAAACCAUGUCUGAGGUUCAGGGAACGGUCGAGUUUUCUGUGGAGCUACACAAAUUCCAUAAUGUGGACCUCUUCCAGAGGGGGUAUUACCAGAUAAGAGCUGGACUGAAGAUCCCAUCCAGGAUUCCCCACAGGCUGUUUGCCACGAUUGCAGGACAGACAGGUGAUUCCAGCCUUUGCUCAGCCUGCGUUCAUGAAAACAAUGUUUACAGCAGAAUCUUUCAGAUUUUGUACAGAAAUGAAGAGAUCAUUCUUAAUGAGUCAAUGAACUUCAGAGUGCACCUACUUCUGGAUGGUGAAAGGGUGGAAGAUGCAUUGAAUGAAGCAGAUUUUCAGCUCAAGCUGGACCUGCACUUUACUGAUAGUGAGCAACAGCUGAGGGAUGUCCCAGCCAUCCCCAUGAUCAGCAGCCGCACUCUGUGUCUGCACUUCCACCCCCGCCGGGGGCUGCACCACCACGUUCCCGUCAUGUUUGACUAUUUCCACCUGUCCGUGGUCUCCGUCACGGUGCACGCGUCCCUGGUGGCUUUGCACCAGCCUCUGAUCAGUUUCGCUCGUCCAGGGAAAGGUUCAUGGCUUGGUAAAGGCAACCUGGAGGCAGGACCAGACCAGUCCAGUAUGUCAUUAGAAAAUCUAGUGUUUGGAGCUGGCUACUGCAAACCCACUUCUUCAGAGGGCAGCUUUUAUGUCCCAUCUGAAAACUGCAUGCAGCAUGCAUACAAGUGGCAUAAGGAUCUCUGUCUUCUGCUCCUGAAUGCUCAAAGGGGUCUUCACACCUACUACACCCUCAUAAUGAAUGAGAUUCCUGAUUUGCCACAGCUGAAGUUGGAGGAGCUAUCUGUGGAAGAGACAUUAUCCCAGCUUUGUAUGGAGCUGCAGCUGAUGAACAAUCCAGAGAAGAUAGCAGAACAGAUAAGCAAGGACCUCGCCUGGCUUUGCUCUCACCUCCUGGCCCUGUGGACCCAGUUCCUAGAGGUGGCAACGCUCCAUCCAGAAGUCACAGCUUAUCUGACUCAGGAACAUCACAUGCUAAGGGUGAGAAGAUUCUCAGAAGCCUUCUUCUACACCGAGCACCAGAAACCUGCUGUGCUCAUGUUCCAGGAAGGCCUGAUCCAGAGCCACGCACAGAUUUCUACAGAAAUUCGUAACUCGGAUUAUUUCACCAGCAUGCCCCCGCUGCCGGCGGAAUGCCUGGACAUCGAUGGGGACUGGAACACCCUCCCAGUCAUCUUUGAGGAUAGGUACACAGACAUGCCUUGCAAAGAUCAGAAUUUGGAAGUUUUCCCAGAUUUUGAGGUUCCUGCAAAUACUCAAACAGAUGUAAAACUGGAAAAUGAAGACUGUGCAUCAGAUGAUGCCACUGCAGUAAUGAAAGGAGAUUUUGGGAAAGAUACCCCACUAAUACACACAGACAGGAUAAACAGGAAUCCCUCAUGCCUACACAGCAGUACUGAAGCUGCUGCUAAGGGUUUAAACCAGCACUCCACAUCUCAGGUAUGUACAAUAAACAAAGAAGGCCAAAGGAAACCUGAAAAUAUUUUUGUUUCAAGAGAGGAAACUAUUUCUGACUCAGAGCCAGGCAAUACAGAACACAUGUCAGAAGACUUUAAAACAUCCGAGGAAGUUUUAUUAAAAGAUAAUAGACUUGGUGAGGAUGUUAUCUGUGGAGACAUGGAACCCAGCAAUAAGGACUCUCACAAAAGUGAGCCCAUGCUAAUUGUCAGUGCUCAGUACGAGUGUGGAGCAUGUGGAACUGAUGGCUUGGAAGACAGGACUGAAAUACACAAUCUAGAUGAAUUUGGUCAUCCUGAAACUAAUUUCACUUCAUCUGAGAUUGCACUGAAUGAAUUGACCAGUCUUGGAAAGCCAGAGGAUGCAGAUAACAAGGCUUAUCUCCAUGUUUUGAAAGUUUUGCCUUCACACAGCUGUGAAGUGAAAUCAGUCACAAAGGAUCAACGAACUGAGGAGAGUGAAGAAUUUACCCUCAUGUCAGGGGCCAUAAAAAGAUCUUCCUCUAUAAUUUCUGAUUCAGGCAUUGAAAGUGAACCAAGCUCGGUGGCAUGGUCUGAUGCUCGUAGCCGGGCCCUGGAGCUGCCCAGUGACCGGGAGAUCCUGCACCACUUGGUCCGGAGGCACGCCAUCCACCGAAACUCCCUGGAGGGUGGCCACACGGAAAGCAACACCAGCUUGCCCAGUGGUAUCCAAGCAUCACUCACAUCCAUCAGCUCUUUGCCCUUUGAGGAAGAGGAGAGGGAAGUGGAGCUUACCAAAUUGACAAAAUCUGUCUCUGCUCCUCAGAUCAGUAGCCCAGAAGAGCCCACGGAGGAGGUGGAUAUAUCGAAACACAGUGAAGCCACCUCAGGAGAUUCAGAUCAAAACUUAAGAAGCUACAUGGAGACAGAGGAUAAAGAUGGAAAAAUAAUCAUAGACUUUUCUGAGUGUCAAAUGACCACUGAAAGUGGACAAAUAGAACACAGAAGACAUCCCAAGCCUCUCCUCAAACACAGUAGCAGUAACACUGAGUUACAAGGGGAGGAGGAGAAAGGUUUUCCAGAGACUUGCUGUACUUUGGAAAACACAAGACAACCCACUUGUCCGAAGCAGCUCCAAGAUAAUGUCUCUGAGUGCCUGUCACUGGAGAGCAAUGGUGAGUGCAGCUUAAAAACACCAAGGGCUUGUAAUUACUUGGACAAAAAUAUAGAUAAGGUUGAUACAUGCAUUGAGGAUCCAAAGGAUAAACUUAAGCUGGACAGUUUAAAAAUACAACAGGGCUCUUCCAAUAGUAGAAUUUCAGGAGAGGAAAGUUUUUCACAAAGCAUAAAGGUGGUACCAGAUUUUUGCUACCCUGUUGCAGCUCCUUCAGACACCUCCACUGAAUUUGGCUCACUGCAAGGAGAAUGUGGCAGCUCUCUUGCUGAGGAGAGCCCAGCAGUGAAUGCAGAAAUGCAGGGGCUGCAAGAAAUUGAGCUCAAUGACUGUCCUGCCUCAGCAGACCCUGCGGCAGGGUCCCACCAGGCUGAACGUCCUCAGGAGCCCAGCAGCCAAGAGAAUAAACUUGUAGCCAACGGCACCGGGUUUCCUUUGGCCACGACAGAGGGAGUAGCCCUGGAAAGCAGAAAGGCUGCUGAUGUGGUUAACCUGUCCAUCUCUUGCACAGCCACCUGUCUUCCCUUUUCUUCCGUGCCCAAAGAGACCCCUGCCAUGGCAGGCUCCUCGGCAAAGCAGGCAGCGUUCCCCAUCACGCGCCAGCCGCUGGGCUCGUUUGGAGUCGUCUGUUCUAAUUCAGAUGAGAUGGAUGAAGAGACCAACGAAAGGAUGCUGAAUUUUUAUCAGGCCAAAGAAAAAUUUAAAAAAGAAAUGAAGAUUGAAGGAUUUCUGUACAGUGACUUAUCUGUACUAGCUUCUGAUAUCCCAUAUUUUCCACCAGAGGAAGAGGAAGAAAAUUUGGAAGAUGGAAUUCACCUGGUUGUCUGUGUCCAUGGAUUGGAUGGUAACAGUGCAGAUCUGCGGCUGGUAAAGACUUUUAUAGAACUGGGACUUCCUGGUGGAAAACUGGACUUCCUAAUGUCUGAAAGAAAUCAGACUGAUACUUUUGCUGAUUUUGAUACAAUGACUGACCGAUUACUGGAUGAAAUUAUUCAGCAUAUCCAGUUGUACAACCUCUCCAUAUCCCGAAUAAGUUUUAUUGGACAUUCCCUUGGUAAUGUCAUCAUUCGAUCUGUAUUAACUCGGCCCAGGUUUCGCUAUUACCUCAACAAGUUACACACCUUCCUGUCCCUCUCUGGGCCUCACCUGGGAACCCUCUACAACAACAGCACUUUGGUUAGCACAGGUCUGUGGCUAAUGCAGAAGUUGAAAAAGUCAGGGUCACUUUUGCAACUGACCUUCAGGGACAACGCGGACCUGCGCAAGUGUUUCCUCUAUCAGCUCAGCCAAAAAACGGGUCUUCAGUAUUUUAAAAACGUUGUGUUAGUGGCCUCACCCCAAGACAGAUACGUACCUUUUCAUUCAGCAAGAAUAGAAAUGUGCAAAAAUGCACUUAAGGACAGACACACAGGUCCUGUUUAUGCAGAAAUGAUCAACAACCUGCUCCAGCCUUUGAUUGGGGCCAAGGACUGCACUUUGAUCAGACACAACGUGUUCCAUUCUCUGCCUAACACCGCCAACACGUUGAUAGGCCGGGCCGCCCACAUUGCCGUGCUGGACUCUGAACUUUUCCUGGAGAAGUUUUUCCUCGUGGCAGGACUCAACUACUUCAAAUAGUGCCUGAAGUAUGGGGUAACAGAGGCCAACCUUUCCUUUGAGUGGAGGAGACUCCCUUAGCCAAAGGAGUGCAGUGUUAGAAAUGAGAUCAGGUGGGACUUUCAAACUUUCCAUUUCCAUUUCUCUUUCAGAGAACAAAGUGCUAUGGCUUUAAGGCAUUCAAGCUUCCAAGUAUUGGUGCUUUUGGAAGAAAUAAAUAUUCCUCUUCAGUUUCAAUGUUUAUUGUCCACAUAAAGACAUGAGCCACUUGUGAAGUACAGAAUCAGAAUAAGGAGGUUAAUUCUCUAAAUGUGAUUGGACCAAUAUAAUUCCCAUUUCUCCUGAAUAUUAAACCAGGAACUUGUCUGUCUUUGAUUUACUGCUUAUUUAUGUAUUAAUGAACCUCUACAUUUGUAGCUCUUCUGGGGUAGUUAACACACAAGGAAACAAGUGUAUGUGAACUCAGGUUAAAACCUUCUUUGUGAUGAACUGAGAAGUCUGAAAACCAUACAUGAAAGAUUCAGUAUUUCUGUUUGUUGGAAGAAAAUAUUUGGAUGGCUCCAUACUGGUAAUAAUUUGUAACAUACAAAUUGUACACUCAAAUAAUGGAAAGGAGUAAAAUAUUUUACAUACAAUGAACAAAUAUUGAUAUUUGUCUUCAAAAAGAAACCCCAGCUCUAGUUUGGGAAGAAAUUCAUUCAAGUUAGAAGCUGCCAAAAAAAGAGGACUACACUGGAUUACUUGUAAAAUAUCAGUGGCAUCUGUUAAUAUUUCUUCUGUUUACAUUUAUAGAGGAUGUCUUUGUUAUAACCUUAAAGGAACAAUUUUUACGUUUACAUUUGAAUCUAAGUCCAUUUGUCCCAAAUUUUUUUUAAAAAAAAAAAUUUCACUGAUACAGAAUUCAAAAUCUAUCCAGUUAUACCCUUGAAAACCCCAGACAUUUGAAAAAAACAAAAACAAAAAAGGAUAGAGAUACAGAAUGGUAAGGAUUGUGGAAAGUUUUUAAAAAUAUAAAGAUGUCUUAAGAUCCUCUGCAAUACUCUCUAAAUGCUAAAUGUCUAAAGUGACAAAUUUCAAUAACUUUAUGCACAUUUUCAUAACAUUUUGAAAACUUUUCAAUGUCACAGGAGUUUUUUAGAUAAAAGAAAGUGAAUAAUUCUUCACAAUUAUUUUUGUUUGGAAGUCAGGCAAUUUUUAAUGCAAAUACAAUUUGUUUAAAAAUACAAAUGAAAAGUCUCUAUAUCUUCUAGCAGUGACUGUAAAAAAAUCACAAAGUUGGGUUUAGGUGUCAAGACUCCUACCAGUGAAGUAAGAUCAAGAUGUUGCAGAUUUGUGAAAUAAAAUACAAAAUGAAAACAAACAAAAAAAAAACCACAACCAAAGGGAAACAUUUGUACUUGCAAAAAGUAAAACUAAUUUUUUCUCAAAAGAAAAAAAAAGUGAAAAACUUACACAAAAUGAGUUCAAGAAAACAGUUUUUGCAGACUGGCAAAUGCUGGUAAAGGAAAAAGGCUGGCUUGAUAACUAAUGCAUGUUUUCAAAACAGGAAAGAGAAAGAAGGUAUAUACCAAAGGGUGAGAUUAAACCACCUGAAAAGGAGUAUUACACAUAAAAAUCUUGUGCAAUCAUAGAGGCAGAAAUCAUAUGGGAACAAUUCCAUGGUGUGAUUCAAUGUUGACAAUUCUCUUAAUACCUCAGUACUUGAAUUAAAUAGGUAGAUACUAUUGUGUUUCUCUCUCUCUUUUCUUCUUCCCUCCUUAUAGAUUGACUGUUAAAUGUUAACAGUCAGUUUUACCCAGUUAACAAAUGAAUUCUAUCAAAAAACCUAUGGUUUCCACCUCUGGCUUGGGAAUUCUUUCUCACUUUUUGGCCUCAGCAGUCUAGUUCCAGCUGCACUGACAUACCACAACUUACUUCUUCCUCAAUAAAUUGUUUAGAGAAUUUUAAAUACAAUGGGACAUGGAGGUCGAGCUGUUAGACAGUGCAGAACUCUUGAGCCAGGACUAGUACUUCUAUAAGGAAAACCAGGAAAGAAAUCAAUCUCUAACUGUAAACAACAACAAAAGUGUGCUAUAUGAGGGUCUGGUCCACUUGUAGAAAACGCUCAGUAAUCUGCAAACUGAAAUUCUGAAAACCAUUUAGAAAGAAGUGACUUCACACCUGUGUACAUGCCUGCUCUGUGUGUGUACACAGUCUGUACAAGGAAGUUUGCUUCUUUCCAGGUGUCACACACCAACUUUCAGAGUCCUGGGUCUGACAACAAACCAGUGUAGCUGUUCUUACACUCAGAUGGGAUGUCCUUGCCUUGCCUUGUGCAUUGGACAGCAUUCCCAGCCCUCUGUUUGCAUCACCCUGAGAGAAUGGACACAGGAAAAGGUCUCUGCAUUGCUGCAGGAGCUGUGUGCUUUUCCAUAUGUUCACUUUGACAUUCUGUACUCCUAUCAGUGCUCUGACUGAUGGGUUAAUAUACCUAAAGGUGUCAGAGUUCCUAUCCAUACAGAAUUCUUUGAUGGCUCAGUCUGAUUUCAGACUUGGAGUUGGAUUGUUUGUAGACUUGGAUCAGGUCCACCUAACUUACAUCUUGUGGGGAAUGGAAGAAAGCUCCUGUGGAACCUCAGAAAAAUCUGGGAAGCUUCAUUCCUGUUAAAUGCUAAGACAGAUUUUAUCUUCCUUUUACUGGCAGAACAUUGUGGGAUAUAUUGGCAGUAGUGGUCUAGUUGAGCUUCCAUCUUAAGUUUCUCAGAAUAGCCUCCCUCACUUCUUCUUCUUUUAUUCUUUUAAAUGGGAUGUUGCCCCUCAAUACUAAAAAUGUACUCAACUGUGUAGAUUAUACUGCAAAAAAACCUACAUUUUCAUUAUAAUACAAAUAAUAUCUAUGUUUUUUGACUUCAUCAGAGAAUAGUAAUCAGCAUGGACUUAUUUUCAGAUUUGUAUUUACAUGGAAAGAAAUAUACAGCAAGAAUUACCUUCAUAAAAGUUAGCAAGGUCAGUGCACAGUUAGCAUCUUUGUUUCUGUCACAACCUUUGGAAUUUCAAUAUAUUGUCUUUUCACAUUAAUCUUUUUCAAAUUCAUUUAAGUACAUUUGCAGUAUUUCUGCAAGGAUUUUCCCUGCAAUCUGCACACCUCACCUUUGGCUUCCUCUUUCUGUAGGGGCAGGGCUUAAACUCUUCAGUGAAGCUCUCACAUUCAUAGAGGAUAAAAGAGUUUUUCAAGACUUUGUACAGAGGAGGGGAAAACCUGGGCUUUUUUUGUAGCUUGUCAAUAUUAGUAUCAGCUGUAUUUGAAGUGAAGCUCCCUUCAGUUCUGAGGGAUUCUGUAGUAAAGUAAAAAACAAAGCCAGCAUUCCAAGGUUUUUUUUUAGCAUCUGCAAAGCUUAAAACUAACAAGGAGGAUCUCCACCAGGCAAAGUGCAUUUGGCUGUUGAGGUUUUCCAGGGUCAGAAGUUCUUGCCCAAAUGAGCAAGUUCUCUGGAAGGAAAGGUGAUGGCCCACGUGCAGAAAAAGAGGAGCAGAGCCAGAUCUCAAGGCUUUGAAAGACAGAGUCAAAGAUAGAGGGAUGGAAGAAAGACAACAAAUUCCUGAAGCAGACUCUUACAUUUAAGACAUUAACUGUUUUAAAAGAUUUGAAGAACUUGAAAACAGUGCAGUUAUAACAAUUCAGUGGAUAUCUAGAAUUCUAUUAUCAUGUCUUUAUUAAUAGCUGGAUUUCUUUUUCUCCAAUAUUCUGGGUGUUCUAGAGCCCAUUGCUCCACACUUUUAAAAGAAUUUAAUAUCUUCUGAAAUUGAUUUUUUAUUUUUAAAGUAUAGAUGGAGUAAAAUUACAAUAUUGACUAAAUGUGUGUAGAUGAGGGACAGAAGAGUGAGUUCUUUCUGCAUCUGGGCUGAGGAUUUUCAAGGAGCUGGUUAUAAAUCUCCUAGAAAAUGAGAAUCUAGUCUCCUGGAUCCUCUGGAAUUUUCUCUUUUUGGAGAAUUCUACAAUUUGUCCUAUUUAAUUUCAUCACCUGAUUUGUACUUAAAUAUUUGUUGCAAAAUGAAUUUGUUCUACUAAAAUAAAAUCUUAAUUUCUGUCUGUAAUCCGUGAAGAGAGGUAGGUACUACUGAGAGUGAUCCUGUUUUCUGCUUUGGUGAUAUUCAGGGUUAUUUACCUCUGUUCCUUGUCCAGGGAACUUAUUAUAAUGCUCACUUUAUGAGUGUCUAAGACAUAGACAGAAACUGGGGGCUUGGAAUUUGUGGACUGAAUUACAUCUUCAGUUUUUGAUACUUGGGUGCAGGUUUUGACUGCACACCUUGACCAAAAACAAACAUUGAACACAUGAAUAAGGCUCCUUUAAAAUCUGGCAGAAAUGGGUCUUUUUCCAGCCUCCAAUGAAUGUUCAUUUUCUCUUUAAUGAAAUUCAAAAUUUGUUUUCAAAAUCACUGACAAUAGAGGAAACUGAAUUUUUUUAGCUGUAAAGGAUAAUUUUCUAAAGACUUGAAACCUUAGCACAGAGCUUUAGAAUUACCUACACAAAUUCUGAGCACUCUUUUACUUCAAAGCAUUUCAGAAAUAUCCUCUGACCAAUCCUCUUCACUGUUCCCUUGCCAGAAAAAAGUCACACUUGAGAGAGAAAGCUAUCACAUGAAAAUUGGGAAUUCAAGCAAGUUUUCAUUAGAAUUUUUAGCUUUCUUUGGUGCUUUUGCAUGUUAAAAAUUUAAAAAAAGUUCUCUUGCUUUCUACCUCUGCACUGAAAACAGCUGAGUGGUGAUGAAGGAGAUAGAUGAGAACUUCUAAUAACAGGGUUAGACUCUUGUGAAGGCUUAUGCAAAUAUUCCAUGAAAUUUAAUGUGUAAUGAAUAGUCAUGGAGGAUUUCUGAGGCAGUCUCAGCAUGCCAAUAUGUGUCAGCCUAGCUGAAUGAUUAUUUUCUUUGUGGACUUAAAUUUCCAUUUAUAAAUUAUCAACAGAACAGCCUAACAUAUUUCACUCCAGCUGGUUAUUUAGAUGCUAAAGGUCAUGUCCAUAGAGAACUCUUAAGGAGUGUUUUGUUUUUUUUAAUACAUAUGCUCAGCAAUUUUGAUAGUUAAUGUUAUCUAAUUGAAAGAUUCUAGCUAAAUUUACCCCCUCCACCAAAUUUUCAAUGUUUAUUUAAUCACUGAAUUGUUUUCAAUUUAUAAACCAGUAUAAAUACAGGUCUCUUGGAGUUAGUGUUCAUCUUCUUUAAUGCAGUUGUUUUAUGGCUGUAGCAGCACAGUCUCAGGACAAAUAAUCACUGAAUUAAAAAUUAGACCAUUAAUGUUUGGAGCAAUGAAAUUCAUAGUGGGGAGCUUGUUUAGCUACAGUUCACUCUGGUUUUGUUUUGCCUUUUGGGUCAAACAUAACCACAGCAAGAUCGUGCCCCUGGCUCUGUUCAUGGUUCCCUUAAUUUGCUGCUCCUUUUAGAUGCCUAAAUUGCCCUAAACUACUGUUCUGCUUUGUCCAGACAUUCCCAUAUUUGCUUGGUCACCUUUCCAUGACCUGACUGCAUCUCCUCCAUAUUCUGUGAAGUCAGUGCAGACAGGGAUUCACAAAUGUAUCCAGCACUGCCAUCCCAUUUAUCCAGGAGAGGCACAUCGUGCUCACACAUUCAUUCCAGUUUUCUCAGCCCUUUAUGAAGACUGCUAUGCACCUAUCCAGACAUGUUACAGACAACAGAAUGUUUUGUUUCAGAGGGAACAGCUGGAAGUGUCCCUGUAUAAUUCCUGUUCAAAGCAGGAUUAACCUGAGCCUCCUGGUAAGGUCAGAUAUAUAUUUGUCUUGCUGGAUAUUGAAAACAUCUGGUGAUGGAUUUACUACAGCUACUCUGGAAUACCUUCUCAGCUGCUCUAUAUCACUCCCAGGGAAAACAACCAAGCAAACAACAACAAAAUUUUAAAAAUCCAAUUUAAACUUUCUGAGCUGCAGCUUCUUUCUGUUACAUUUUUUUAUCCCACCUUUUAUUCCAUGGGGUUGAUCUUGCUUCUGGUACAAUUACAACUUCCUUUUCCAUGCUUUCAGACAGCUCUUUGUCACUUGGUGUCUUUUGUGCCAGGCUAGACAAGCCUAACUCAGUCUGCCCUCAGAAGAUGUGUGCUCAGACCCCUCACCAUCUUGGUGAUCUUUUAUUGGGCUCCAUCCAGUCUCUCAUUGCUGAACUGGGUUUAAGAGGCACCAGGAUCUGGCCAGCUUCAUUGGAUGGUAGCUCUGCUGCAGACUGGAGCCUUUUUCCUGCUCAGGAGAGCCUCUGACUGCUGGCACUCAUCACAUCCUCUCCCUGUCUGAUGCUCUAUCCAAACAGCUGGAGCUGUUCUCCUGGUGCCACAACUGGAAUCUUCCAGCCCCCUGUGAAUGAAUCUUUACUUUGGGCACAGAUAGUGAGGAAGCCUAAUGUGACCAGAGUGGCUGCUGUUUCUUCUCUAAUUUAGGAAGACUGUAUAAUACAUCUGCACUUGCCCAAGAGAAAUCCAUGCACUGAAUAGAAAUGCUUAUGAGAACAGUUUAAUCAGUGUUUAACAGUUAGAAUGCUUUAAAUGCAGAUGAGCCAGGCAUUCCCCUCAUAGGAUAAAAGCAUAAAGAAUAAAUAUGUAUAAACUCUUCUUAUGCAAAAGGUCAGACUAAAUUAACUUCUGCUACAACCUUGAGACUUGAUUUCUCUGCUUUUGAAAAUUCAAUUCUCCACUUUCAUCCAAAGUGCUGCAAGAUGCUCUCAUCUGAGUAGCAACCUAACCAUAUCUGUCUGAAAUAGAUUUGCACACGUGUGUAUAUGUUCCAUGAGUCCAAUGUCUAUAUAUUAAUUGUAUGGAACUUCAUGUCUUCAAGUAUCUUCUGCCUCUUCAAAUAUGAAACUGUGAUACAGUGAACUCUUACUCAAUCCAUCAUGCCUUUCAGUCUUUGAAAGGUAUCAGCUACAAACACAAACAACUUAUCCAGAGGAACAAAAAAAGACCCCUUCUCCACAAAAAAGUCCAGUCUUCAGUAAUUCUCUUUUAUUUUGGAGUGGAUGGUUGGAAUAUUGUGAUGGCCUAGCUUUUUUAUGCAUCCUGGAAAUGGGGUUACACUAAUAAGUAUAAGAGCUUUUGGUGCUGAAAACUCCAAUAUUUAAAGCAACUAAUUUAAGUUUAUCAUUCCUUCCUGAAAGCAUAAGUGCUAUUAGGAAUGUACCUGUCCCAGCCCCCAGGACACUUAGUCUUUCCUACUUUUAUAAGGAUAAUACUAUGUGCAUCAUUCCCAGCUGUGCAAAGAGGCCAAGGCAUUUCUGAUACUAUAAAAUAUGCAGGUACCUGCAUGGGAAAGGCUGAGUGGGAACAUUUUUGAUGUAAAAUGAGUUAUCACUUUCAGCAAAAAUGCUAAUAUAAAGUAUAGUUCUUGUAUGUCACCUCUGCCAUAUGAUAUAUAUACCCUAAAUCCACAUGUACACAGCAAAUGUCUUCUCCCAUAGGAGCUGUGUUAUUCCAUAAGAGGUGAACCUGUGUUCCCAUACACAGUGUAUAUUUACCAUACCACACCAUACUCAGGGGGAAGCUGGUGGUGAUCAUUCAGGUUCCUGUUGCUUUUUAUCUUGGUUAUCCUCCAGAGCCCCUGUGAAGGAGCCAUUUCUUGGCUUCAUCCCUUCAUCCUCCUCAUUGGAGAGAGGUUGUUUUGUGCAGUGAUUUGUCAAUCUCUUGGCACACCAUUAGCUGACUAAGCUUAUCUCAACACUCCUGAGUUUGAUGUGUGUUAUCUACCACCCCCAUGGUUUUCCUGGUCAAUGCAAUGUGUCAAACUGAGCUGCCCUGUCUCCUGAGACAGGGAGCUUGUCACCAUCUUUUAAUUUUCCUUGACAUCCAUCCUCUUCAACCAAGCAUUCAUUUUUAAGCUGGUAGAUCAAUGAUUUAUCAGCUUUGCCACUCUUCUUACUAAGUUUAGCAUUCUAUAUAUUUGACUAUGCAUCCAGUUUGGGAAAUUAGCUAUUUCUUCUUUCUGCAGUUAAAUCUUCUUAUGAAAUAUGAAGGAGAUCAGGAAAGAAGUCUAGACAAGCCAUGGUAUUCCUUUCCAACUACAAAUGGAAGCAAAACCCACACCACUGAAAACUCACUAGUAUUUGUAGAGUAUUGCAUGUUCAUUUUUUCUGUUUUGCCAAGAAAAAGUAUACAUUGAUGUUUUGUCCCAUUCCUUUUUGGGUCUCCGGGUGAGUCAGAGUCUAGAUCUAGCUCUGACAGACUGAGGAGAAGGCAAAGAUAAACCCUUCUCCUGUCUAGGAUGUGACAGGAAUAUACCCCACAGAGAUGUCAGUAAUGACAGAGAAAUCAAAACCUUCCAAAAUCCUAUCCAAUUCAUCAAAAUAAAUCACUCCAGAAUAUUACUGGAUUUUAGGAAAAAGUAUCAGGUCAAAACACAGAUCAGCAUAUUUCAAAACACAAAGUUCAGAAGUAAACUGAAAAUUAUGUUGAUAAUUUUUUACUUGGAUUUGUCUCUAAGAAGAUUCCUUAAAAGUGGAACAGUUUAACUUAAAACUUGUUUUCUUGGACUUGAACAAUUAAUCUAUUUAUUAUUGUCUUAGACUCUGGCAUCAAUCAUUUUUAUAACUCCCCUAAAAUAUACUCAAGUCCUUUAAAAAAAUUAAAAAAAAUCUGAUUUUAAAUCUCUGUCUUUCAAUUAUGUUUAGACAAUUAGCCACAGCAUCUGAGACAGCAGAAAAUUAAACUUUCUCUAUGUGCAGAAUUACCUUCAAUGAACAGUAGAAGCCUUAAGUAGGAAUGACUUGUCUAUUGGGACAUCUUCUUUCUUUUUUAAAGGAAGUUUAUGUUGAUGAGUCUAAUUUAGCCAAUAAAGAAAGUAGGUGAAUUUUGUUCUCUUUCUUAGCCCUCUGUGUCAUGCUGAAAAUCCAGACACUUAAAAUUAAGCAUUCUAGUUUGUGUUGCAAACAAAACACAUCUCUAGGCAGGUUUUGAUGUCUUAUUUUUCCCUGUAUGCAAUGUACAAAUACAGUUACUCUGGUUUUGACACUAGAACCAUAUUCUUGGUUUAAGUAUUGUGAACCUUAAUGACUCUCUCUUCAAAAUGUGUUAAAAUUUUACCUCUUAAAAUCAGACUUUGACUUUUUAAUAGUUAAAGCUAACAAUGGCAGCAAAAGUAACCACAUUUUUAUGGUAUCUAUUCAAAUGGAACAUCUUACACUGCUGGAUUAAUUCCCAGUUCAAUGGUGACACCUAAAAUCGGACCUUCAUUGUUCCUCAGCUGACAGGAGCAUAGUUCUGUGAAGAUCCUUAUCCUGUGUUUCAAUGAGUUACCUUUUACUUAUUUAAUUAAAUAUCAAGAAAAUACCUCUUGGAAUUAAACCCUACUGUUUCCUGUAAAUAAUUAGCUCUGAACGUGGUUUUCUGUAUGCACACUGUUACCAAUUUUUGUUAACAAAGGCAAUGCUACAAAGAAAUAAAAUGUUUUGAGUUUUUUUUUCAGAUAAGCAACUGCCAAAUACUAUUGGGCUGAGUUUCAAAUGAGUAAUUUCAACUUGAGGCAUUUCAAAUUUAUGGGAUUUUUAGUCAUAAAAAAACUAUACAAAAUAUAGAGGUUGGCCCCUGAACUUGAUAACCAUUUGUACUCUUGCAAAAUGGAUGCAAAAUACUGGCAUUGGAUUCGUGCCCACAUUUGUGCACCCGAGCUGCAAAGCAAAGCAUCAAAGAUAUAUCCUUCUCCAAGUUCUUCCUUUGGGGCUGAUUGUUCAGGGCAAGCAAUAUGCAUGAUAUAACUGGUGCAUGUAACAGUAACUACAACAUUCUGCAAAUUUGAAUUUAUACAGCAAUUUGAUAUUGAGGCUGAACUUUGCAGAUGAGUACUCCAUGGUAUUUUUAAUUAUAACCCUUUCUGUGGUCUGAAUAUGAGUACAGCUGAUUCCAUCAUGUGACACUUGAGGUUGGACUUUUAAAUGAGACAUUAUUAUAUUUGAUUGAGGCAGUUAUGUUUCUCAAGAAUUAUUUCAAAUCAUAUAGAAGAGGCAAUAAUUAGAGUUUGAGAGCUUAGAAAAUCUGUAUUUUAUUUUUUUUAAGGCAGCAAGAUUUACACCACGUGCUCUGUCUGCCUCUGUCUAAUUUACUUCCCUUUCCCUAAUGAACAUUUGUCAACUGCCACACACUUCAAUUUUCUUUAACUACGUCUGUCAAGAUUUAAGUGAGACUUACAUCAAAAAACCAAAACUAAUCUCACUAAGAGGAAACAUGUGAAGUUGAGUCAAUUCUGUGAUAUUUUAGGGAAAACAGAAAUGCAAAUCAAUUUUCUUGGAAUGAAGGUUCAGACUCAACAGCAUUCACAAAGUCUUUAUUAAAGGUCUGAUCCUGAGAAAUGCUGGUCAAAGGCACUGUUGGUGUAAUGGACCAAAUCUGCAAGUGGAUUGACCUGGUGAAGAGCUUUACACAGAUACAAGAUCUUAACAAAUGGCAACCAGCAGCAUCCAUGGCAUCUCAAAGUCAGACUACCACAAGAUAACAAAUGUUCUGGGUUCUUUUUAAGGCCAAUUUUCCAGUUGGUCAAAUGUGUUUUAAAAGUAAUGUCUUUUAAGACAAAUGCAGACCUCUCCAAGGGAUCAAGUCAAUGGAUUACUGUGGACAGAUCCUUAUAGGUUAAGGGAAAGGGCUUUUAAUUUUUAAAUCUACUACUUUGAAUCAUGACCAUACAAAAAAGCUGAAGAAAUCUGACAUGGUCCCUUGUAUAAAUAAGAUCAUGAAUGUAAAGCUUAUAAUGCCACUGUGAAAUUUUAAUGCUUAUUUAUUAUGGUUAUGAUGAAACCUGUAUAAUAAGAUGAUGAUGAGAAAAUAAUAAUAACAAUAAUAAUAAUAAUAAUAAUAAUAAUGAAUAGUCAUCAGUGCCAAUAUGAUUCUACUAUUUUUCUACAUAUGCUUUAUCGUGGCAUUUUGUGUAGCUUGUGUUCUGUGUAAAGAAAUGUCAAUAAAAUCUUUGCUUCCUUUUGUCUGUA